CAUUUCCAUGAAAACAGACUAGUUUCCUUCCCAUUGAUUCGCUCGAAAAAAUAAAUUAACUUCACAAUUACAUAUAUUCUUUAUAUAAAAUUAUCUGAAAAAAUAAUGGUUUCGGGAAGUAUAAAAUGGGGGUUUUCGUUUCCAGUCUUGAUAGUUUUGGCUGCAUUCUUUUAUAGGCGACAUUUUGACGAAAUUUUACAAAAGAGAUUGAAUGAAGUAUUGUCAGGUCUAUUACGAGCAGAAGAUAAAGGACAGCAAAGUUUUAAACCACAAAAAGUCGCUGUGGGUUUCGGAGGAUGUGAAGAUAUUAUAACUGAUGGAUUGGAAUUAAUUAAAAUUCUCAAUCUUACUUCUCCAAAAAAGGCAAUUCACCAUGAUGCUGUUUACAAGGAGGAAGAACUGGCACAGUUAUUCGCUUAUUUUUUUCAACAUGGGGCAGCUGCAGAGUAACUAAUAUUUUAGUUUAUUAUUAAUUAUUAAUAAUUUCAUUUUAUUUUUCUUACAACCAAUAGCUUGGUAAUAAUGAGCAUAAUGCAGAAGACCUCAGUGCAUUAAUUAAAAUAAUAAUAAUUAUAGUUUAUAUCCAGGGGUCUUUGAGGCUUGAGUCUGAGUGGCGUAGCUAGUAGCUAGCAUUUGUAUGAUUGUUCUAUCCAGGACAGUCCUUGAGUCUUCCUUCCCACUGCCUCAAAACAAACAUAAAAAUAUACAACCAAACAACAUAUAAGAUUACUCAUCAAAUAAACUCCAACCACGGGGAGAUGAAGGUCAUAUAAGAAUGAUUGACCCUCCCUGGCUCUAGUGUUCAUUCUCAAAAAUUUAGUCCUAUAUAUAGUGUAAUUGUUCACCCAGUUGUUAAUGAUACAGGGGUGAUAGUUAGCUUAGUCUAUAACUGUCACUGCCACAUCAAAACAUCACCAACGGAAUUAAAAUAAAUUACCUAGUCACUUCAAGCAACUAGUCACUGGCACUUUAUUUCAAUGAAACUAAAUAUACAUAAUAAAUUAACAAUAAUCCUCACAUUAUUACUCAAUUUACUGUAGCAUAGAACUGUAGCUGCCUGAACUUGUCUGUUAUAUCUAUUUAUUAUUGUCUCCCCUGAUUCUACAUAACAUCGAAUUUAGUUUACACAAAGUCAUACUAAAACACAUAGUAAAGAAAAAACAAUUUUAUAUUUACCCCCUCUCCUCUAUACAAUUCUAGAUGAACCCAUAUGUAUGAAGUCUUAGGAUAAAAUAGUUGUGUAUGAAGUCUUAGGAUAAAAUAGUUAAAGCCUUAUAAGUUUCUGUUUCAUCAAUGUUUCUUGAUAAGAAUUAAUUUGAAUUUUAAUUUAUGCUCAUUUCUUUCACAUGCUUAUUUCUUUUUUUUUUUUGCACCUUAACUUUUUUAUUUUCCUUUAUCUCUACAUCAUGAAAUAGCAACAUUCUCUUAAAUUAAAACUGUUGAUUUUUGGUUGUUCCCAUGCACCUGCCACCUUUUCUCUUUCUUUAUACACCAACCACCUUUUCUAUUUCUCUAUACUUGUCCCCCCCGCCCCCCCCCCCCAUUUUUUUUUCCACACUUCUUAUAAUGUACUUAAAGCACAAGCCUUUAUAUUCUAUAAAUUAAAUACAUAUAAUUUUUAAAGGCCAAAAUAGUCUCACAUUUUAAUUUUUUUUAAAUAUAUGACAAGGUCUAAUUCUAAAUAAUUCUCUUUCUCAUUUUAAUGUGUCUUUGCUUUAAGGAAAUUAUGUUCUUUUUUUUUUAAAUUUCAGGCGAUAUGUGGCUAAUGAUGAAUUAUUUGAUGUUCUUGUAAAUGGUGCAGCCAAAGUACCUGGCCACCGGUGGUCUUUGGGUGGAAAUGCUCCAGCAAUGGCUCGAAGGUUUGCAUUUGAAGGUCUAGAGGUUAUUUUAGGAGCUAAAGUUUCACCAGCUGUCAUAAAUGCUCUUCCACAAUCAGUGAAAGGUAAAAAUAAAACACCAUAAUUUUAACCCAAAACAUAGUGGGCAAUACAAAUAUUUAUAAAAAUGUGCUCUGCAUUAAAAUUAAAGAAUGAUUCUUUUAUUUCAUACACUAAGGGAGUAAAUUAUUUUGAAAAAAGAUUGCACAUUUUUAAAAAAUAAAAAUAAUAUUUCUGAUUGUAUUUAAUAUCACUUUAAAUGUUCAACUUGUUACUUAACUUACUUACUUUAUAUAAAUAAACAUAAAUAAUAAAAAUGUGUUUUGUUGCAGUUAUUGGUAAAGGAGUGGAAAAGUCUGACAUUCAUCUAAUCAUGGAAUAUGAAACUAAUGAGAAAUGGGGAAAAUACUCUUCUCCACGGGCUAAUAGGUUUGACUGUUUAAAAAUAAAUUGAUGCACUUAAGUUCACUAAGCAAAUAUUAAUUUAUUCCCUUAUAAUUUUAUUUUACAUUACUGAAAAUUUACAAACCCUCUUGAAAUUAAAAAAAAAUAAUUGUGCUCUCCAUAAAAAGUUAUACAAUUUUUAUAUGAUGAUGUUUUUAAUUUUAACAGGCUGAUACUCCACAGUGACCAUAUCAACCCAUUCAUAGAGGGCAUGGAGGAUUUCAUAGAAACUGUUACAAGCUUCAAGCCAGCUCUAGUUGUGAUCGGAGGGCUCCAAAUGAUGGACAAUUUUCCAUAUGAAAAUCUUGGUAAAGAGGAAUGUUUUGAAAACAUUAAAAAUGUUUCUGAUUCAAACUGUCUUUUAAAAUAAUUGUUUAAAUUAUUGAAUAAGGAUAUUGAGUUUUAGCUAUCAUAUUGAGAUUUUUAAAAAUAAGAAAAUAAAUCCUUUUAAAAAUAACAAUUUAUACUUACUUUUUAUAUUUGUAAUUGUUAAAUCAAAGAGGACUUGGUAUUUAUUCACAUCAUGUAAAAUGAAUUCUAAUGAUAAGGGUGAAAUUUACACAUCAAUUCCUGCUUUAUUUACAAAAUUCCUCCACUUUUAGAAAGAAAUCAGAGUCUGGCUCUUUAAUUCUGUAAUAUUUAGUUCUUCCAGACAAUUACACAUACUGUUCAAUUUGUUUUUAUUAUUUGGCUUUCAAUACUAGUUGUUGUUCUUAACUUAGUUUACUGUGAUGAUAAAGUUAACAUGAUGAUAAUAUGACUUAAAACUUCUUGUAGAGAUCAGACGAUCGCGUCUGGCAAAGCUAAAAGAUUUUUUAAAGAACUUGCCAAAAUCGACACGUGUGCAUUUUGAGAUGGCAUCUUUCACAGACAUGACUCUUCUGUCAGAGAUUGUUGAAAAUGUUAUUUAUUACUCAGACUCUAUUGGAGCCAAUGAGCAGGUAAUUAAAUUCCUUAAUUUCUUCUAUCUCUACUUGAAUUAUUUCAUGACUUUUUCCAUAGACUUUUUUUUUAUGGCGCUUAUAAUCGCCUUAAGUAAGGUUAACUUAAGACAUUGUUUUUUAGCAACGCGUCUAAAAAUUCCUUAUGAAAAUUUUAAAAAUUCAAGUGAUAAAAUAUAUUAUGUGAUGUACACAAGUUAAAUCAAUUUAAUCAACAGCUCUUUUUCACUUAUUUUACUUUUUCAUUGCUUGCAUAUUUCAUUGUCUCUUGACUAGAAAUCAGCAAAAUAGUACCUUAUUUUGGUGAGGCAUAUUUUGUACAUAAAAUAGUGUCUAAGAUAAUUGAUUUUCUUGUAUUUCUAGGAGCUGCCUAACUUAAUCAGUGCCCUGAAGGGUGAAGCAGUGAGCCUGGUGUCUGACAGCUAUCCCAGAGUUGCAAGUGUUUUGGACCAGAUGAGAACACUGUAUAACUUGCUUAAGGACACAGCUACUGUAAGAAUAAUGGUUAACUACUAAAUUCUAUCCAUCUUUUAGUCAUAUUUUAUAAUGAGCUUUGACAUAAAAGAAGAGCAUCUGAUCCACAAUGAGUCUGGCCAGCAAUAGGUACAUAUUAUUCUGGGAUGACAUCAUCCCCGGCUGAUGAAAUAGCCUGGUUGAAUGGAAUUGUUGGCCAAGUAAGGGAUAUAAAUCCUGAGUAAAAACCUCAACCAAUGAAGCUGUCUGACAGCAGCCUGCUUGGCCGGGAAAAAGUGGGGAGGGGGGGGGGGGCUCAAAUUUGAGUCAUGUGGGCUGUCAAUCCAAAUAAAAUACAAAAAAAUUCUAAAGAGGAACAACAUAGAAAGGAGGGACAUAUUUUUCCAGCACCUCAACCAAUGAAGCUGUCUGACAGCAGCCUGCUUGGCCGGGAAAAAGUGGGGAGGGGGGGGGGGGGCUCAAAUUUGAGUCAUGUGGGCUGUCAAUCCAAAUAAAAUACAAAAAAAUUCUAAAGAGGAACAACAUAGAAAGGAGGGACAUAUUUUUCCAGCUCUUCCAGGAACGUAACGAAAUAAAUAGCACACUUUUUCAAUAACAACCAUAUUCAACCAAGGACACAAAUAUUCUUCACAUAUCUGGUGUUAGAUGGCUGUUCAAAAUGGGAGAACCUGACAGGCUCUCAAGGGGUGUAGGAAAUUCUUUCACAGAAACCAUUUGACAAGGAAGUUCUCAAAGUAAUAUUGGAUUGGGUAUGGGAAACACUGGCUGCCAAAAUUUAGCAAGUCUAUUUCUGUAAUCUGCAACUACAAGACAGUAUACAAAUAGGGCAACCUAGUAACUUUUUCUUAAGGAGGCUGCUUUUUUGGGAAGGGCAUUAAGAGCUAGGUACAAUGCUUGACGGCUUGCUGGCACCAUUUCCUAAUGUACUAUUUCAGUAAAGUUUGCAAGAGUGAGGAGAAAAAAAAUCUGAAGAGGGCUGCAGGUCUUUAAAAAAAUGUGUUAAAUAUUAGGGGGUGGGGGGGGUGUGUAUGUUGUUGUAUGAGGAAAUGAGAAUGUAGAAAAUAACUUAUAUGAUUAUUUUAAUAUUUACAUUACUCCAGGUAGAUGGCAGAAGAAAGCUGUCUCGUUUACACAUCCACACUCUGGCCUUCCAGGCCAUAUUGACAGGCAAGAACUCCUCCUGGAAAAACACCAUGUCAGCAGCAGCCAAGGCCUCCCUGACGGCUCAUCGUUACACUUGUGGGUCUCAUGAGAUUGACCCAGGGAAGACCAAACUCAUCUUGGACGAUUCAUUUUCUAUCACCACGGGAACCGACUCAAGACGAGUGCCUGUGAACAGCAGUAGUCCAGUCACCUGCUGGCAGGAGAUGAACCACGACAUCUGCGUAGCACCAGUCUUGGUGUGUACCAAGAUUUUACAGACCUGUGGUGGUGGGGACAAUAUUUCCAGUGCAGGUUUGGUGUUGCAAAUUUAAUUUUAAUUUAUCUAUCACUGUACCCAAGUUACACAUUCAGUCCUACCCACCUGAAAGUGCAGAACAACAUCUUGUUCACUGUUUCUUGAUCAGGAUGUUGGGCUAGUGAUAGAUUGUUUUGUUUAUUUUUUUUUAUUAUUCAUUGUUUUUUUGUUUAAAUUACAGUUUUACCUUUCUGCAGUUGUUUAAAGUUUAGUUGUUAGCUAUUUGCAUUUAAAUAGAAAGACUGUAUGCUGAUUACAUGUGACUCUCAGCACUUAAUGCAGCUGUUUUAUGUCACAUAUAAAUUAAACUGACAACAGUUAUGUCUUAUUAUUGUUAUGACACCUUGUUUGGGGAUGUGGUAUACAAUUUAUUGAGUACAUUUGUACAGGAAUUAAAUGGCAAUUGAAGAGAAUUUUAUUCCAAUCUAGUCAUCAUAAUUACGCCAGAAACCAAAAUUAUUUUUUAUCUGAUAAAAAUUUGACCGCUUUUUUUCUGGAUGUGGUAAAUUAUCCAUAUUUGUGUUUUUCACUUAAAACUUACCCAUACUGUUUUAUUUCAACAAAUUGUUUGAUCUUUUUAACCUUCAUAAGAUAAAUGGAAUGAUUUGUUUCAUCAUAACUUUUUUAAUGUUUGUUUGGAGCAUUGCUAAACUCUUCCCAUGAGCAAUCAGAAUGUCAGGAUUGCUUGUGAGUAUCAAUUUUUAACAGAUGUUAAACUGUUGUUUGGUCAAACCUGGUAGAAUUGGUCAUUGAACAUCUUUUAAACUGUCCUCUGAUGCCUUAUUAAGGGGCAUUGUUCAUAUGCUGGUAAACUAAUGUGCAUAGAUAAUAAUAAGUUAUAUUGCAGGGAAGGGUUACUCCUUUUUUAGAACUCUAUAAUUUUCCAGCUUCCUCUGAGUAUUAUAGGUGGAUACAUAUCACUGGCUCUUUUAGAACGUAAAGAAUAAUUUAUAUAGAAGAACAGAUGGACACAAAGCAUAUUUUUUAGAUUGAAAAUAUAAAUAAAUCAUUUUAAAGAAAUGGGUUUAUAAAUAUUAUAAGUUAUUUACACAUUUGUACACAUACAAAAGUUCAGUUUUCUUUUAUUGUUGUUAAUAUGAUAAUAAUUUAAUCUAUACAAUUAACUUCUGUUGCUAUGCAUGUGAAACAUGUCAUUUGGAUAUGAACAGAUCCAUGCUCCUACUUUAUUGAGUAAAGUGAGGUCAACCUUCGACUCUGGGUCAGCUUUGUCUGUGUAACAGAUUUAAUCAUAAUUUUUGCAUCACAUCAAAGGAAACGAUCAACAAAUAAGUUUAAGGGACUAACACUGUACCCAUUUCAUCAGGUUAUAAAACUGAUUUAUGUUCUAAGAUGGUAAAGUAAAAUACUGCACAAAUUAAUGUUAUCAACCCUUUGCCAUCUCUGUUAAACAGUAAUUGUUAACCAUUUGAUCCAUUGUUUGUUUUAAUACUUGGCAACAUCAGAAUGUCUGUAUAUUUUUGCUCCUAUUGUAUUAUGACUAGAAAAUUUGGAGCUACACAAUUCAAGUUCAAGUGUUAUUGUGAACCAAACCAAAGAUUUCAUUAUGCCUGUCAUUUUUUUUACUGUGAUGGCUCAAUGCAUUGAUAUUCUCUGACCUGCCAUUUCAACUUUAGUCCCGCUUAACCCAUAGCAGUGCCUUUUCAAUUUUGGAGAUAGCAAACUUUAUGACCAAAACUUAACUCAUCUUUUUUUUGUGUUUUUUUAAAACAUCCCACAUUUAUUUCUUAUACUGUGCACUCAUUCACCCUGUAAUAAUAUAGUAUUAUGAUCACACUGAGGAAACCCAGAAGAUGAUGGCAAAAAUGUGUUCUUGUAUUGAUGUCUAGAUAAGGUCAGCGUAGGUCAGAUUAACUGCAGUUAUCAUCAUUUGGAUUAUUGAUUUCAUUUUUUAUCUUUCAUUGUCUUCACAAUUAGGUAAGUGAAAAGGUAUGCUAAAAAUCUUCUCUCUAGUCUGGGCAUUGUUGAAUUCACUUAUGAUCCCGUAGCUUUACAUGUUCCAAUAUUUAUACAGUAUUUAGGGAGAAAGUGUUUGCUUUUGCUACUUAUUCCCCAUUUAAAUUUAAGUUUUGAUUGUUUUAAAAUCUGAAAAAAAAUGAUUACAUUGGUUCAAUAAAGAUUUACCUGCUUUUAAAAUAA